CGCACGAUUUCGGAGAGAUGUCCGGCAGGGCCCUGUUAAAGCCUCAUGCCUCGCAACCUCCCUCCAACGAGACCGUAUCUUCUAGAAUUCGGCCGAGUCUCUGCCAUUCCCAACGCUUUCAUGACAUUUCGUGUGUAACUGUAUUACCCUCAAAAAUUUUCACUAACGCCAUCAUCUCACCGCAAGCGAAAAGAAAACACCAAGAAAAAAAGCCUCAACAUCCAUACAUGAUACAUGAUUACACGCCCGUUAACCUCCAACCCACAAAAAAAGAAGCCCACUCGCAGAGCUACCCAAUAAUUCCAGAACUCCAGUCGUAAAAUAGACUAGACCGUCUCUUCUUCCUUUUUUUUCGCGAGAGAUGGUACCCGUAGCGCCAUGCUAGAUCCGGACAGGGCGAGCCAAUCG